UACAGACAAGAUGUCUUCUCGCGCCUCCGCCAAAUCCCCUACCCCGGGAAGCUCCGCCUCUUCCAAGCAACCGGUCAAGAGCCUGGCUGAAGAACUCGAAGGAGCCCCAAUGGCAGUCGACUCGGACGACGAAGUCACCCUCAAGAAGGAAACCUACGAAAAACUCCGGAACCGAGUCAAGAAGGGAGACGAGGACAUCGCCAAGAUUCAAGGGAUGUACAACAAUACCGCUGCCGAACUACAAGGACUCAAAGAAAUGAUACAAGAACUCGGCAACGGACCCCAACGCAUCCUAGACCUCGAGAACGAGGUUCUCCGCCUAGGAGGACAGGGCAACAACCCCACCAUACAAGAACUCAAAAACGAAGUCAACACACUCCGGGCCGCUGCCAACAUCGUCACCACCCCCGCAGGAGGACGACAGAAACUCAAGCUCAGCCCUCCGAUGACCUACGACGGCACCCCCGGUUACCUCAAAGGAUUCCUGAUCCAG